GCAUAUGGCGCGUGGCGAGUAGUCCUGUUUAUUUAUGCUCCGUACCUUAUAAAGUUUUCGAGAAGUAUAUAAAAUAAACUAAGUCAAGAAAAUUUAGAAAUAAGUUAUAUUGCUGGCUAUUAUUAUUAAUUGAUCAGAAUGGGCCCAAAAAUCACCAAUGAAAUAAAAACAUCCAUGAAAGAAACAUUAAAGGAAAUCGUAAGUGACGACGAAUUUAUCGAUAAAUUAUUAUCGAAGUUCACAGAUAAGAUCCACACCUUGCAAGAAACCAUAAAUAAACAAGAAACAUUAAUUCAACAGCUGGAAAAUCGAAUCGAUCAGUUACAACAGGUCAGUAAGAUGAAUAAUAUUUGCAUAUACAAUUUAGAUGAGGAGAUUGAAGAAAAAACAUCGGAGCAAGUAAUUAAUCUACUCAAUAAUAGGAUGAAAAUUAACAUUAAGAAGGAAGACAUAAUCAAGGCGCAGAGAGUUGGCGUGAAAAAUGAUAAAACUAGACCAAUUAUUGUGAAGUUUGAGAAAUACCAGCAUAAAGCCAUGGUUUUAAAAAAUUGCAAAUUACUGAGAGGAACAAAGAUUGGAAUAGCUGAGGACUUGCUAAGAAAAAAAAUUCAUCUUUAUAAAGAAGUCACCAAGAUGUAUGAUAGAAAGUACGGAGUCGCUUGAUUUGAUUGGAUUUAAUUGCAUAUUAAUCAUUUACAUUUAUGUCACUGGACUAUUUUAAUGGAGUGGAUGGGUAUGGUAGUCUGGACACAGAGAUCUUUGAUGGGAUUCAGAAGGUAAAUUAUUUUUCUGAACAAGAGAAUUUCAAUAUAUUGCACUUUAAUAUUCGUAGUAUACGUAAAAACUUCGAUGAGUUAAUUUUAUAUUUGGAACAAAUAGAAUUAAAUAAUAUUGAUAUUCUUGUACUAUCUGAAACCUUUAGAGUGGAUAACUUAGAUCAUUUUAAAAUUAGAGGCUUUAACAGUUUUUA